GGGCCUUGUGGGCCGGGCAGCCAUUUUGGGAAGAGCUUUGUUAUGGUUGUGGGCUAGCCACCUCUGCCGGGUCGAGAAGCUGGGGACGCGUCCUCAGACUCCGCGUCUCGUCCCUGGCCGUAGCCCGGCCGCUGCCCGAGUGCUCUUUGUGGCCUUUUAAAUGAUUGAGUGAAGAUGGAAAUGGAUCACAAAUAAUAAGUGACUUCUCUACCAAAGCAGUAGAAGAUUCUUCGUAUUACCUUCCAGUAGCUAAAUUCAGUUUUGGGAAGGGGCAGAACAAGUGAAAUACAGAAAACUGAAGAAAAGCAAACCUCAUAUUGGAACUAUCUUUCUCCUUGACUACGCUUAUCCCCUAUCUUUCUACUUGUUUUACCUUUGCUCUGAAUUUAUAAAUAAAGACCAAAGAAAUAGAAUAUACAUUUAGGAGCUUUACACCAAGAAAUUUGCCUUUAAAGCUGCUGUUCCCUGGAGAGAAAAGUAUAUCAAAUUCUUGUCUGAUUUUUUUUUUUCUUUUUUAGACAAGAUUUCUAAUGUCCUUAAAUUUUGAAGGUUAAGACAAAUAUAAAUAUAUAUCUGCACAGUAUUUUUAGCAGUUGUGUGAGUAAGAAUAAUGAGAUUUGUAUUUUAAGGGCUUUGUCAUGUGGAUGUUUUGCCACUGGAGUUGACUCCUCAGAAUAUCUUUUAUAGGGCUUUAAUAUUAUAUUUUUGAUCUAUCACCUUGAUGACAUUACUUCCCCACACUUGAGCCCACCUGUCUUUCUAGCUAUGACCUUGUUAUGAACAGUGUUUGUACUCACUGUGCAAAUGUCCAUGUAUCACCUAAUUAAGCAACAUAGUGCCAUAACUCAAGCAAGUUGAAUGAGGUGAACAUAGACAUAGCUCUUUCCCCUUUCCCCCCUUUUUUAAAUGUAACAAAUAUUUUUUAUGUUCCCCUUCCCCUUUCCCCUUCCCCCUUCCCCCUUUUGGAAACGUGUCAGGUACUAGGUAGUUUAAGGUGAACAAUUGAGGGGACUGAGAGAGUGAUCCACACAGAGCCUGGCUGCUUUGUGCUUCAUCAUAAGUUGUGCUGCUGACCAGGUUACUUUAAGCACCCUUUUAACAAGGAAACCUCGUGGGAGAUCCAGCUGGCAGACUCAAGUAGUUCAGGAAACAGGACCACAGAGGUAUACUCUGGGAUCCUGGCCAUGAGGUUGGAUGCCUCACCUUGCUGAAAAAGAGACACUGGACCUAAAUGGCGCAGCAUGAUUUUGUUCCUGCUUGGCUAAAUUUCUCAACACCACAGUCAGCUAAGUCACCUACUGCAACCUUUGAGAAACACGGAGAGCACCUACCCCGAGGAGAAGGUAGAUUUGGAGUAAGCCGUCGUCGACAUAAUUCCUCUGAUGGCUUUUUUAACAAUGGACCCCUACGAACUACAGGAGAUUCCUGGCAUCAGCCCUCCCUGUUCCGCCAUGAUUCUGUGGACUCUGGUGUCUCUAAGGGAGCAUAUGCUGGAAUCACAGGGAACCCAUCUUGUUGGUAUGGCUCUUCCCGAGGUCACGAUGUUAUAAGCCAGCGUAGUGGAGGUGGCACAGGGAACCAUCGCCAUUGGAAUGGCAGCUUCCACUCGCGGAAAGGCUGUUCCUUUCAGGAAAGGCCACCUACAGAGAUUAGGGAAGAAAAGAAAGAAGACAAGGUGGAAAAGUUGCAGUUUGAAGAAGAAGACUUUCCUUCUUUGAAUCCAGAAGCUGGCAAACAGAAUCAGCCAUGCAGACCUUUUGGGACCCCUUCUGGAGUGUGGGAAAACCCACCUAGUGCCAAGCAACCCUCCAAAAUGCUAGUUAUCAAAAAAGUUUCCAAAGAGGAUCCUGCUGCUGCCUUCUCUGCUGCAUUCACCUCACCAGGAUCUCACCAUGCAAAUGGGAACAAAUCAUCAUCCAUAGUUCCAAGUGUCUAUAAGAACCUGGUUCCUAAGCCUGCACCUCCUCCUUCUAAGUCCAAUGCAUGGAAAGCUAACAGAAUGGAACACAAAUCGGGAUCCCUGUCCUCUAGCCGGGAGUGUGCUUUUAUCAGUCCAAUCUCUGUUACCAAACCAGUGGUACUGGCUGGUGGUGCAGUUCUGAGUUCUCCCAAAGAGAGUCCCUCCAGCACCACCCCUCCAAUUGAGAUCAGCUCCUCUCGUCUGACCAAGUUGACCCGCCGAACCACUGACAGGAAGAGCGAGUUCCUGAAGACUCUGAAGGAUGACCGGAAUGGAGAAUUCUCAGAAAACAGAGACUGUGACAAGCUGGAGGAUUUGGAGGACGACAGCACACCUGAACCAAAGGAAAAUGGAAAGGAAGGCUGUCAUCAGAAUGGUCUUGCUCUCCCUAUAGUGGAAGAAGGGGAGGUUCUCUCACACUCUUUGGAAGCAGAGCACAGGUUAUUGAAAGCAAUGGGGUGGCAGGAAUAUCCUGAAAAUGAUGAGAAUUGCCUUCCCCUCACAGAGGAUGAGCUCAAAGAAUUCCACAUGAAGACAGAGCAGCUGAGAAGAAAUGGCUUUGGAAAGAAUGGCUUCUUGCAGAGCCGCAAUUCCAGCCUGUUCUCCCCUUGGAGAAGCACUUGUAAAGCAGAGUUUGAGGACUCAGAGACGGAAACCAGUAGCAGUGAAACAUCAGAUGACGAUGCCUGGAAGUAGGCAUAUAAAUGCUCACAGUUAAAUCUGACCCAGUAAACUCUGUUUAGGGAGUUAUACAAAAGAAAUUGUUCUUUUCUUUUUCUUAUGUUGUUGAAUACUUCAUGCACAAGGGAAAUAAGCAUAUCCCAAAGAGAGAGCGAUUGGCUUGUUUAGCUUUUGUUCUUCCCUGUUAUCUGCUUAAUAGAGAAGUUUGUGUGGUGGGAAAGACUUAAAACACAAACACACACACACACACACACACACACACACACAGUCCAUAUGGGGCGAUGCACAGGUGGGAGCUGACAGUGCAGAGAGGAGACACUGGUCUGCAGCAACAGCUUCUACCACCAGCCCUUGGGGCACUCACCCCUGUGCUCAAGCAAUCAUUGUCAAUGACAAAGUGACUAUUGAAGUUAUAAUUGUAUUAAAUUAAUGCUAAUAAUUUGGAUAUUUUAUUUUAUUUUUGGCUGCUCGGGUAACUUUAGCCCUUAACCAAGCAUAUAUGUGGUUUUUUGUUUUGUUUUGUUUUUUCUUUUUCCUUUUUGGGUACAGCUGUAAAAUAUUUGGAUAUAAGAAAUGUUGUGUUAUUCUUGCAGCCUUGAUAUUCAGGGUGGAUUGUAAAAUAUAAAUUUUUGUGAGAUUUCAAAGAUUAAGAUUAUUUUGAUAACAUUAUUUACAGAUUUAAAAGAUGUGGUUAUCACAGGUCUGUUGAGGGGGAAAACUACUGCAUAAAAUAACUAACUUGGAAUAAAUAUUUUGCAUCAGU